AUGAUAGCAGCUUUAAACCGUUUCAUCUCGCGCUCAGCAGAUAGAUGCAAGCCAUUCUUUCUCCUAUUACACAAGUGGAAAGGAUUUGAGUGGAAUGAAGAUUGCGUUGUAGCUUUCCAACAAUUAAAGGAGUACCUCGUCCGACCACCAAUUAUGUCCAGUCCAAAUGCCGACGAGGUUUUGUUUGCCUACAUUGCGGUAGCCUCGCAUGCGGUGAGCUUGGUGCUAAUCCGAGAAGACAACGGCACACAGCGACCAGUCUAUUACGUUAGUAAAUCACUGCAGGAGGCAGAAACACGUUAUCUUCCCCUCGAGAAGGCUAUCUUGGCUGUCGUGCAGGCCACGCGAAAGCUUCCACACUACUUUCAAGCGCACACUGUGGUGGUACUGACACAACUCCCCAUAAAGUCUGUCCUACGCAGUGCCGAUUACACAAGCAGAAUUGCAAAGUGGGGAACGAUCUUGGGCGCUUUCGAUAUUAGGUACAUGCCUCGUACUGCUGUAAAGGGCCAGGUCCUUGCCGACCUAAUAGCAGAGUUUGUGGAGCCCACGCUAGAGGAACAAAACGUGGCAGGACCUCUAGGGGCUGAUGAGAAGAUGAUCAGCACGGUCUCCCAACAUGAAAACACCUGGUGGAAAGCGCACGUCGAUGGCACAGCGAACCAAAGGGGCUCAGGGUUAGGACUUGUCCUACUUUCACCUAAAGGGAUAACCAUAGAGAAGUCAUUGAGACUCGGGUUUGCAGCCACGAAUAACAAAGCCGAAUAUGAGGCGCUAUUGGAAGGAAUGGGAAUAAUCCGGAAGUUGGGGGGAAAAUCCAUAGACAUGUUCUCGGAUUUAAGACUUAUUGUGGGGCAGAUAAAUGGGGACAUGGAAGCAAAGGACGAAAGAAUGCAAGAGUAUCUAGUUCGGGUUAAGCACCUGCAGACCCAAUUUCAUCACUUCCGCCUGACGCACGUACCCAGAAAUGGGAACACUCAUGCUGAUUCUCUUGCAACGUUGGCUACCUCCUCGGCUCAACCCCUACCCCGAGUCAUUCUGGUAGAAGAGGUCCUCCGUCCAUCAACAGAAAAGGCAAAUGGGAUUGGAAUACAUAACAUCAGGGCAGGACCGAGCUGGAUAGACCCUAUCGUUCUGUACUUAAAGCAUGACACCUUGCCAGACGAUAAGGUUGAGGCUGGCAAAAUCAGGAGAAAGGCUACUCGAUUCUGGUUAUCGGAGGACUCCAAACUUUACAGACGCUCGUUUUCAGGGCCGUAUUUGCUAUGUGUGCACCCAGAGGCUACAGAACUCAUCCUGGAGGAGUUACAUGAAGGAAUUUGCGGAAGUCACACGGGGGGUAGGUCUUUGUCUCACAGAGCCUUAACGAUGGGUUAUUGGUGGCUGAGCAUGCAUAAGGAAGCCCUGGAUUAUGUGAAGAAGUGCGACCAAUGCCAGAGAUUCACUCUGAGCAUACACCAGCCUGGUGGAGAGCUAAACCCAAUGUCCAGUCCCUGGCUAUUUGCACAAUGGGGCUUAGAUAUACUUGGUCCAUUCUCCAAGGCAACAGGGAAUAGAAAAUUUCUUCUCGUCGGCACCGACUACUUCACUAAAUGGAGACUAGAUGACGCAAAAGGAAGAUGGGUAGAAGAGUUAGCCCAUGUCUUAUGGACAUACCGCACCACGCCUCGUAGGUCCACAGGUGAAACCCCUUUUUCAAUGACCUAUGGGGCCGAGGCUGUCAUUCCACUGGAGGUGAACUUCCCAACCCAGAGGACCACCACCUUUUGUCCCGCUGCCAAUGACAAACUUCUAGAAAAGGGCUUGGACCUCAUCGAUGAAAGAAGGGAAGGCGCGAUGGUCCACCUAGCUAACUAUCAGCAGAAGCUUAAGCAAGGUUACGACGCCAAGGUGAAGUCUAGGCCAUUGGCGCCUAGAGAUCUAGUACUGAGGAAAGUCUUGGGCACUGCAAGGAACCCCGCAUGGGGAAAGCUCGGACCAAACUGGGAGGGACCGUACCGUAUCACUUCCGUAGCUGGCAUAGGAGCCUAUUUUAGAAGACUUGGAUGA